UUCUUCUGCCUUUGGAGUUACUUUGGAGGGGAGAACACUCAAAAGUUGCAGACUUAGACUUUACUGAUGCUAACUCCUCUCUUCGUCUCGGCGCGAGCUAUACCAUCACGAAUCACCAUCUCCUCCUUAAACCCUAACCAAAACCCUUCAAAUGCCGCCAAAGCUCCAAACUUUGAUCAAUUCAAGGAGAACCCCGAAGCUGCGAUUAAGGUCUCGACAACCGCUCCAUGGAUGAAAGGUCCUCUCUUUCUUCCACCCGAAGAGCUUAUCGACACUUCACAUCAUCACCACAACAAGAAGAGCACCAGGAAACAGGAGAAGACGUUCAAGGCACUGAACCGUAGAGAGAGCGGUGUGAGAGGAAGUAAAGCCAUGAAGAAGAUCGUCCGUAGCGUUGAGAAGCUCGACGAAGGCAGCAGCGAUUACGGAGGUGAGUUUAAGUCCUUGGAGGAGGCUGAGAGCACGAGGAGGAGAAUGCCUUGGGAGAGGGAGGUAGAUAAGUUCAUAUUGAGGAGGAGGAAGAAGGAGAGAGUCUCUUCAACGGCUGAUCUUAUCUUAGAGGAAGGGUUGUUGAAAAGGCUGAGACUUGAAGGUUCGAAGCUGAGAAAAUGGGUGAAUGUUAGAAAAGCAGGAGUUACAGAAGCAGUUGUUAAGGAAAUUAGAUCGAUAUGGGAAGGAAACGAGCUUGCUAUGGUGAGGUUUGAUGUCCCUCUUUCUCGAAACAUGGAACGAGCUCAAGAGAUCUUAGAGUUGAAGACUGGAGGGUUGGUUGUGUUAAGCAAGAAGGAGUUUCUCGUUGUUUAUCGAGGACCACUAACGACGAGUAGCAGCUCUGUAUGGGUGAAGAAGGGACAAGAUGAUGAGAUUAGCUCAUCGUUGUACGAGAGAGAAGGUGAGAGGUUAUUGAAUGGAUUAGGACCUAGAUAUAUGGAUUGGUGGAUGAGAAGACCGUUUCCUGUCGAUGCUGACUUACUUCCUCAAGUAGUUGACGGAUAUAAAACUCCAUCUAGACGUUGCCCACCUAACACUAGAGCUAAGCUUAGCGACAAAGAGCUUACUUACUUGAGAAACAUUGCUCAGGCUCUACCGUUUCAUUUCGUCCUUGGGAGGAACUAUGGGCUUCAAGGUUUAGCUUCUGCUAUUGUGAAACUAUGGGAGAAGUGUGUCAUUGCAAAGAUUGCAAUCAAAUGGGGAGCUCUCAAUACAAACAAUGAGGAAAUGGCAGAUGAAUUGAAGCAUCUCACUGGAGGAGUUCUGAUACUACGAAAUAAGUACUUGAUAAUACUGUUCAGAGGCAAGAACUUUCUAUCUGAUGAAGUUGCGGACUUGGUUGAGGACAGAGAGAGGUUACUCAGGAGAUACCAACAUUUUGAAGAGACCAAACGAGAGAGCGAUAUAGAGAUCUCAGAGGUGGUAACAAAUGGUGAACAGUUGGAGGAAACGAGCAAGACCGGAACAUUAUUAGAGUUUCAAGAACUUCAGAGAAAGUUUGGUGAAAUGAAGAUGAGAAACCUGGAGACUGAAGCUGAGAAAGCAAAGCUGGAUAAGGAACUCAAAAGCCAAGAACACAAGCUUUCCAUUCUGAGAUCAAAGAUAGAGAAGACAACAACAGAGUUGCUCAAAUUGAAUUCUUUAUGGAAACCAUCCGAGGGCGACGAUGAUGUCGAGAUACUGACUAAUGAAGAAAGAGAAUGCUUGAGGAGAAUCGGACUGAAGAUGAACAGCAGCUUGGUUCUUGGAAGAAGAGGAGUCUUUGAUGGUGUAAUGGAAGGUCUGCAUCAGCAUUGGAAGCACAGGGAGGUUGCUAAAGUGAUCACUAUGCAGAAGAUUUUCUCGGGAGUUGUUUACACAGCGAAAUCACUUGAAGCAGAGAGCAAUGGAGUACUGAUCUCAAUUGAAAAACUCAAAGAAGGGCAUGCGAUACUCAUGUACCGUGGCAGGAACUACAGACGUCCUUCGUCAAAAUUGAUGGCGCAGAAUCUUUUGACAAAAAGGAAAGCUUUACAAAGAUCUGUUGUGAUGCAGAGACUCGGCUCACUGAAGUUCUUUGCUUACCAGAGAGAAAGAGCCAUUGAAGAUUUGAAGUUGAGUUUGGUAAAACUUCAAGACUCUGCUUCUGAGCUAUGCUGAUGCAAAGUGCUUUGCAUGUAGUAGAAGCUGUAAGAAAAUUUACCAAGGCAGAUACGUUCAUUUUCUAAAUCACAUCCUGUGGUAUUUCGAUGAAUUAUUCAAAUGUAUUUAUCGAGUAAUUGAGUGUCUAAUUGUCAUGUGUA